AAACUGAUGACGCCAAUACUGCAUAAAAAGGGUUGUGAGAACAGCCCGCUCUUAUUAACUGAAAUAACUGAAGCACACCAACACCUAUCAGCACCAGAAAAGUUUUUGUUAAAAUGCCAACCAUAUUGUCAUCUUCAACUGAAAUAAAGAGCAUGAACGAGGAGAAUAAAACAGUCAGUCCCCGGAGACUAGACAAGUGGCGGUUUCGUUGUCUGUUGACAGACAAACUGAACCCCAGUGAGACCCUACUGUGGUCCCAGUCAUUGGAAAACCUCCUUAGAUCCAAAUAUGGCAUGGCAACAUUCCACACCUUCCUCAAGUCCGAGUUCAGCGAUGAGAACAUUGAAUUUUGGCUGGUUUGUGAAGACUUCAAAAAAAUCAGGAGUUCGUCCAGGCUAUCCUCAAGGGCCAAGAAGAUAUUUGAGCAUUACAUCAAGGCAGAAGCUCCCAAAGAGAUAAACAUUGACCACGUCACGAGAGAGCUUAUCAAGCAGAACGUCCAAGCUCCAACAAGAGUGUGUUUCGAUGAUGCUCAGAGGAUUGUCUUUGGUCUUAUGGAGAGGGAUUCCUAUCCCAGGUUCCUUCGCUCGGACAUGUACAGAUCCCUUCUGGAAUCAGUCUCACAAAGGAUUAAGGUGUGAGAACAUCUAAAAUGAGGGACUGUAGGACUUCAAACACAUCUGUGGGACUUUUGGUGCAAUGGACAAGAUGGCCGUGGAGAAAUCAGGCUUUGUCGAUAUGUAGGCCUGGACUCGGGUUGCACUGAACAUUGUGAUCCACAUAAAAGCUUGAAUAAGCUACUGUUUAUAUGUGCUGUAUUACAAUGCUCUAUUGUCCUGCAUGGCUGUGGCAUUCACAAAGACAAAUGAGCCUUCUGUACAGCUCACCUGUGAUGAACCACAGGAGAUCUGAAACAUGCUGCAACCACAGGAACGCCAUAUGGACCUUAUUUAACUUUUAUUAUUUUCAUUUCUGGAUGAGUGUCAAAUCUGGUUGGCUUGAGAUGACUUGGGAAUAAUGCUAAUGACAUUUUAAAACCUAAUUCUUUAAUAUGAACUCGUAACUCAAUGAGCUACAACAAUUUCAUGUCAGAUGAAAUGAUUCAUAAACACGCAAUGUACAAAGCAAAUGUAAAUCUGACUGUUUUUGUGUGAACAGUGUGGAACUGAUGGGAUAUUCUCACAAUAAUCUGUAUAACACAAUUUCAAUUCGUCUAAGAUUUCUCAGAUGAAUAUUAUUUCAGCAAGCCAACAAAUAAUCAAAAAAAAAAAAAGGCUUGUAUUUUCUGGAUCCAUCAAAGUACCACUGAUUUCUCUCUAUAGAAAAACACAAAAAAAGUUGGUUGUCCAGGUUGUCUUUUAAUAUUUAAGCGGCAUUUAAUAACUUAAUAAACAUGCAAAUGGAGUUAUCGUUUGUUGAUGUUAUGGGGAAAAUUUACAUUCAACAUUCAGAAAUGUAUUUGAAUGUCACUGCAUUAAAAUAUUGAACCAUGUGA